AUCGUCAGACAGCUGACGGAACGUAACUUCCGUUCGCUAGUUUGAUGAAUACGCUGGUCUGUUAGAACUGGGUCUAAGCUCUACCCGAACGCGGCCACUGUUGAAGACUUAAAGAAAAAUGUCAAAGGUUAGUUUUAAAAUCACACUUGCUUCCGACCCCCGGCUUCCAUACAAAGUGCUAUCUGUUCCUGAAAAUACACCAUUUACUGCGGUUUUGAAGUUUGCAGCUGAAGAAUUUAAAGUACCCGCAGAAACAAGUGCAAUCAUAACAAAUGAGGGAGUAGGACUAAAUCCAGCACAGUCUGCUGGAAAUGUUUUUCUUAAACAUGGCUCAGAACUCAGACUCAUUCCCAGAGACAGAGUGGGCAGCUGUUAACGUCUGCUAGGCAUCAAGUUUAUGAAACGUGACUUCAUUUGCUAGAGGAACUAUUUAUUAAGAAAUUCAAAGGCCUCAAAACAACAAAAUUCUAUAUUUGUUUUAAGACUAUUUCUUUUUUUCCUACCCAAACAUAUUAAAAUUAUUUGGAAGAGAUGUAUUUCAUCGUUGCUUUAUAAAUAUAUCAGUUACUGGUGAACUGAAAGGUAAAGCAAUGUGUACUGUAUGGUAUUGGAACGUUUUUGUCAUUAGGGGAACAGUCAAUCUCAUUUAGCUUAAAAUGUUGUAUUACUAACAUUCUGCAGGAUUCAUAGUAUGUUCUGUAUAUUAAAGUCUUAACUUUUACCACUAAAUAAUUCUUUAUUAGUUUUCAUAAUUGUGAGAUGACAAUAAAUGGAUUUCUGGGUCUUGCAUUUUUCCAAACCUUAUGUUGCAUAUGCCUCAUAUCAAAACUUGUCAUGAUUGUUCUACAAUAAUACAAUAAAACAAAGAAUUACUCCUUAAGUAUACAAUACAAUUUUGGUGACCAAUUAUCAAAAAAAAAAAAAAACUGCAGAGCUAGGAAGGAUUCAGUGAAGGUCUACAAAAUUAUUAUGGUAGGUAUAUGUGGAUUUAACCCUUUGAUGACAGGGUUAAGUUGUCUACAUCGGAACAACGUUCUGAUGUAAACAAAUUAAAAACCUGCGAUAGUGACAUUUCAAUGAUGGAAUCUGGUUGGGGGGGGGGGGGGGGGGCGGGGCGUCGGUGUCCCUAUGGUGCUAGGCAUGCCCUCCAGACCGCAAUCGCAUCCAGGAAGCUCCGUUGGCUUCAGGACAGCCAAACGGUCAGGACGUUCUAUUUAAUCCUAACAGUGCUACGGCCGAGUGCGGUUAGGACGAAAUAGAACGUCAUAACGGCGCUAAAAGGUUAAGCUAUGAGGUCGAUUUACCAAAGCACUUUGUUUACUCUUGAAAUAUGUACAUGAGGUGAUACAAUGUAAAUAAAAUCACACCCCUAUAGCAAGUUGGAAGUAGUAUAGUUCACUCCCCCCCCCCCCCCCCCCCGAACUUUGCUAGAGAAAAGGAGAGUUAAUCUGCAACAAUGAAAAGAGAAAAAAAUAUACUAUAAAAGAGAUUUAAAAAAGAAAAUGGAAUUCCUUACUUGAGGAAGCAGUGACUGGCAAUAGAAUAGAUAACUGAAUAAGGGCUUCUUUAUAUCUUGGCCGUUGAGUUGGGAUAGUUUUAAAAGGAUUAAUAGCUCUGUAAAGCUUGAGAUCGUUGGUGUUUUAGCCCCUAUUGAUUAAAUACUGGGUGGACAAAGUUCGCUGCCUGGAACCUGACUGCUUGGUGCUCUCGCUCAACCAAUCGAGCAAGAACAGGGCUUGUCAAUCAAGGUUUAUAACUAUCAAAGGAGCCUGCAAUCACAGCUUGAUAAAUGGAGCCCUAUAUGUUGUGUUUAGUCAUCACAAAACCUUUUGCCACUGGAUUCUGUUAAUAAGCAACCACUAUAAGCAUACCACUUAAAGGGACACUAAAGUCAAAAUUAAACUUUCAUAAUCCAGAUAGAGCAUGCAGUUUUAAGAGACUUUAUAAUUUACUAAUAUUAUCAAAUUUGCACUCUUUUUUUUUUAUAUAUAUAUAUAUAUAUAUAUAUAUAUAUAUUUUCUGAGGCACCAGCUCCUACUAAACAUGUGCACAAGUUCACAGGGUAUACAUAUACUAGUCUCCGAUUGGCUGAUGGAUGGUGCGUGAUACAGGGAGCUGGCAAAAUGGCAGGGGGUACAUUUGACAGAAAAAAAAUACUGCUUAUUUGAAUUUCAGAGUGUCGUUUCAUUGUCUUUAUUAUUUUCUUGUUAAUUAUGCAAUUCUAUUGUAUUUAGUGUUCCUUUAAUGAGGGAAAGUUGAGAUUUAGAUGUUUCUAAAAAGCAAAUGGUUUCAUAUUCCUUUAAAAAGAUAUAGCAACGUAACUCAUACGGCUGUUUUCGCUAAUUGUAUUGCUGUUUUAAUUCACUACAUCUAACAGUCUAGAUAUUGUGUAUGUUGUUGCGUAAGAUGACAAGUGUCAAUCAUUAUUACUAACUCCCUUUUGAUUAAGUGGAAAAUCUUUUGAAACUGGCCCCUUUCAGGGAUACUUGAGUAACUAUCUAAGGGUUGAAUUUUUUUUAUUAUUUUAUCCUGUGAAGUGCAUUCUCUGAAUCGUAGUGGAGUCACCAUGCUACUAAAUUCUAAACAUUCAGAUGUAUAUCUCCAUUUUUUCCGUAAGCAGUUGGUUAAUUCAGAUAUAAACAUAGUCAACAUUAAACGUGUUUUAUUUUGAAUAUUCUUUCUGUUACACAUUUAUUGGUUUGGAAUGCAAGUAUUCUUCCUGAAUGUUUAUUCUCGGUUCGGAUAUCCACCCUUAUGUGUUUGCCUUUCCACAAGAAACCAUUUUGUUUUAUCUGAAUCAAAAUCAAACAUUGCUGUUGAAUAAUUCAACAUUACCAAAUACAGAAUUGCAGUGACAUUUCCAUAACGAUAUUGUAGAUUCUUGUAUAAAGUAUAUUGAAGUUGACAUAUUUUCCGCUUGUUUUACCAAUAUGGGGGGGAUACUGCAUUUUUCCCCCUUAAAGUUCACCCAGCAGACAUUUGAGAUUAAUAAAUUUAUUUUUUAAAUUAAAAUUGUUCCAAAUUUGAUGUGUGGUUACUUUACUCUAAAAUCUGUAGUGUUUCCUGCACUGAUAUAUAUGAGGAUUUACAUGUAAACCCAAGGUAACCUUAGUUAACUAUUAUUUUAAAAAGAAACAAUUCUAAUAUCCAUUGAUUGUUUUGUUUAAACAAAUUCUUGUACCUCUUCCUCUGUUAUGUAUAAUUGGACUAAAAUACACGGGUUACAUUGACUACUAAACUGAGAGGGUUAGUGGCUCAGUUUAACUAAAUAUUUGGAGUAUAACCCGGCAUAAGACAUUUCUGAAAUUCCAAAUGAAUGUAAGGGUGAAUUUCCGCUUUAAACCUUAGCAGAUCAAGUUCUUACAACGAAAAUAGUAUUGCUCUCACUAGAGAGAGCUCUGAAUUCUUAUUGGAUCAUAUCUGAGAUUCUGCUAUAAAGCAUGCAUAGGUGCAGAAGGUGAUCUACAUUUAUUUUUGACAUGCAAAAUAAGUUUAAAACAUUUUUGACAAUAUAUAUUAAGUGAAUGCAGAGAUCAUUAAUCUUAACAAUAUUCAUUUAAAAUCAUUGAUCGGUGUAUGACAUUUUGAUUUCUACAAUAAAAGUUUUUUUUUUA